AUGGCGCACCAAGCUCCACAUUUCGCCGACGCCAAGGACAAGUGGUCGUCGUACUACACCAGAGUCGAGUCGUACUUCGAGGGUAACGACAUCGUCGACGACGCUAAAAGAAGAGCGCUUCUCAUCUCGGCACUGAGCUCGAAGCCUAUCGACGCACUGAGUGGACGUUGUGCCCCGCGAAAGGCGCUGAACAACGAAAGGGCCGCGGUUUUGAGCGUGUGCAGCAUUAAGGAGCAAGGGCUCAACUUGCAAGCGAUCCUGUAUGAGUACGAGGAAGUGAUUACACCUGAAUACCCACUCCCGGUAAUCAAUGACCUUUUUGCUGCACUGCACGAGGGUGGCGUUCACAGCACAUUGAACCUUCGAGACGCCUACAACCAGGUUCCCCUGGAUGAGCAGUCAAAGGAGCUGACGGUCAUCACCACACAUCGGGGAUUAUUGUGCUUUAAUCGCCUGCCAUUUGGUGUUUCUUCUGCCCCAGCAGUCUUUCAGCGAAUAAUGGACAGCGUCCUGAACGGUUUGCCGGGAGUCCAGGCGUACUUUGACGACGUUCUGGUGGCCGAGAAGGGGAACAACGGCAGAAAGAACCUCAAGGCAGUUCUCCUGCGCUUUCGAGAGUACGCCGUCAAGCUAAGGAAGGACAAGUGCACCUUCAGGAUGCCUGAGGUUUCGUAUCACGGCUGCAAGAUCAGCACUGGAGGGCUGCAACCUCUGGAGAAGAACAUGGAUGCUGUCAUAAGGGCGCCAACACCCAAGAACGUGAGCGAGCUGCGUUCAUACUUGGGUCUUCUCACGUAUUUCAGCAAGUUCCUUCUCAAUAUGACCAGUCUGCUAUCACCGCUCUACGAUUUGCUAACCAAAGAACGCCGCUAG